AUGGACCCGGUGGGCCAGGGCCUCCUCGUCCAGAUCUGGCGGCCGAUAACUGCAACUUUCUUCUUCCCAGUGGGACCUGGAACGGGAUUUCUCUAUUUGGUGAACUUAUACUUCUUGUAUCAAUAUUCGUCACGAUUAGAAACAGGUGCUUUUGAUGGAAGACCAGCAGAUUACAUGUUCAUGCUCCUGUUUAAUUGGAUUUGCAUUGUUAUAACUGGCUUGGCAAUGGACAUGCAGUUGCUGAUGAUUCCUCUCAUCAUGUCCGUGCUUUAUGUUUGGGCCCAGCUGAACAGAGACAUGAUUGUAUCAUUUUGGUUUGGAACAAGAUUUAAGGCCUGUUACCUUCCAUGGGUUAUUCUGGGAUUCAACUACAUCAUUGGCGGAUCGGUCAUCAAUGAGCUGAUAGGAAAUCUGGUUGGACACCUGUAUUUCUUCUUAAUGUUUAAAUAUCCAAUGGAUUUAGGAGGAAGGAAUUUUCUAUCCACACCUCAGUUCUUGUACCGCUGGCUGCCCAACAGAAGAGGAGGAGUGUCAGGGUUUGGCAUCCCACCUGCGAGCAUGAGAAGAGCUGCAGAGGAUCAACAAGGUGGUGGAAGACACAACUGGGGCCAAGGUUUCCGACUAGGUGACCAGUGAAGAACUCCUGCUCUCGAAAAACAGCAAUUCUUUGGUUUUAAUGGCACGUAGGACCGAUUCUUCCUGGCACAGAGCGUGCUUAAGAAUGAGCUCUUUGUAGUAUUUUUGGAUUUAACUGAUUAGAAAGAAUCUUUCUGGUGCAAGACAAAAUAAAAACUCCAGAAGGGAAAAAUGUAGAUCUUGCUUCAGGUUAGCAAGUAGUAUUCAAUUUGAUUCCGCCAUUAAAAAGCCUUCUUUGUA